AUGUCUCCCCGCCGCCGCCGCACCUCUCAGCCGCCUGCCUCUCUGCCGGAUGACGAUGACAUGCUCCGGGAGAUUCUCCUCCGCCUGCCCCCGCGGCCUUCCUCCCUCCCCCGGGCCUCCCUCGUCUGCAAGCGUUGGCGCAGCCUCGUCGCCGAUCCCCGAUUCCAACGCCGCUUCCGCGACCACCACGGCAAGCCUCCACUCCUUGGCUUCUUCAUCGGUAGGCGUCGCUCCUUUUCUUUUGUUCCAACGCUGGAUCGACCAGAUCGCAUCCCCGAAGCUCGCUUCACCAUUCUUCUCCACGAGGACGACAAAACCCUCGACAGCCGCCACGGACUCGUCCUUUUACUCAGCAGGCCGCUACGCCGCUUAGUUUUGUGGGACCCCGUCGCGCGCGAGCAGCGCCGGCUGAUCCUCCCACUAGAGUUGGACAACGGCCAGACGUUCAUCUUCAACGGGGCGGUGCUUCGCCGUACCGCGGCGAAGGCUGCCAUUUCCAGGUUGCCCUGA